UGGUAUAUAUGUAGCCCUGAAACAACUGGCAGGCAGUCAAGCUGAAGACAUAGACUUUCACACACCAGAAACAAACACUCGCGGACUCUAUCAUGGCCAGGAUUAUCAUCAGCCUCCCAGCUCUACUUUGUCUUAUCGGGUUACUCCACUCCACAGAAGGUGCCAACUGUAAUGAAAAGGUAGCCGAUAUAGUUUUCUUACUAGACUCCUCCACAAGCAUAAGAACGGAACAGUUCCAAGAACAACUUCAUUUUGUACAAAAUGUGGCAGACAAUUUUAAGAUCGGCAGCAACAACAUUCAAGUAGGAGCAAUAACCUUUAGCGACGAAACCCUACUCAACUUCCACUUGAACGAACACCAAACGACAGCAGAACUGAAGAGCGCAAUCUCGGAGAUACCGUACAUCGGAGGUGGGACCAACACGGCGAAAGCAAUAGCUUACGCCCGAGAGGAAAUGUUUAAACCGGAACACGGUGGCCGCGCAUGGGCCGCUAAGAUACUGGUGCUUAUUACGGACGGGUUCUUGAACAGAAACCAUUAUGUGGCUGCACAGCAGGAGGCGUACUUUGCAAAACACACCAAUAUAACGAUAAUGGCAAUAGGUGUUGGAAGUGGAGUCCAGGAUAUGGAUUUGGAGGGUCUAGCCAGCACACCCAGGGAGAAGUAUGUGUUCCGUGUGGACGAAUACCAGGCUCUCAAUACUCUCAGGAACGAGCUUUCAAUUAAAACGUGUGAAGGUCCACUCCAGAAAGACCAAUCCAAUGAAAAAAAUCUAGAGCCCGAGAAACAACCCAAAAAGUUCUGCGGUGGUAAACCAGCCGACAUGUACUUCCUCCUGGAUUCCUCCAACAGUAUACAUAUAACCGACUUCGACCGACAGCUUAGAUUUGUCAGUGACAUUGUGGAUAUCUUUGAUAUAUCAGAGUCCCAUACAAGGGUAGGUGUUACUCUAUAUAGUGAUAGAACCCACCCAGUCAUCCCCAUUAACAACGACUUUGACAAGGAUGAACUAAAAUUUCGAGUCCGUAAUUUACAUCGAUUGACCGGAAAUACCAACACCGCUGCUGCCCUGAAAAAUGUAAGAGAAUAUGGUUUCCGUGAUGACAUUGCGAGGUCGGAAGUAGCUCACAUCGUUGUUCUCCUGACGGACGGGAAAUCUACAAACACAUUUAAGACAGAAAGGGAAGCGGAGUUAGCACACAAGGCUGGCAUAUACGUAUUUGCUAUCGGAAUUGGGGAUAUGGCGUCCAUUCCAGAGCUAAUGGCCAUCGCAAGCGACCCCGCCGAGAGCUUCAUGUUCAAGGUCAACAAUUACAACGCCCUUCGCCAUCUGAGAAACAUACUAGCUAUCAAAGCUUGUACAGUCGAAGCUACACAAAAUGACAAGUCUGUCGAAAACAAUUUUGCGUGUGGAACAUAUGGACCACGAGACAUUAUGUUUGUUUUCGAUGGAGUUAGCCUCGGUUUAGAAAAGUCAACCGUCCUUCGGAAGGCUAUCGGUAAAAUAGCAAAGAAUAUGGGUCUGGAGAGUAAACAAGACCAGCGAGUAGGGGUGAUGUCAGAGGUUUAUGCGCACGGCACCGAUUCCAGACUGGCAGAAAUCCGAGAUCAAGAGUCUUUCGAGGAAAGAUUGGACAAUGCCAAGGAAGGAAAACUCAGGACGUUACUUAGAAAACUACGUCAUCACUCCUUUCUACCAAUCAAUGGAGGUCGGUCGAAUGCAGAGCAUGUAGCUGUCCUAUUUUUGGAUAGAAGGUCAGAAAUAACACCACUGGUCAUCCACGAAGCGAUCAGGACAGCUUUUAAAAUCAAGCUGUACGUAGUUGUUGUUGGCGAUGAAGGGUCCGUGCCAGACGCGGACAGGAUGUGCAGUUCUCCACCCGAUCGAUACCUCCUACACGUCCCUACAUAUGCUGAUGUAUCGGCGUCAACCGUAUCUAUCGCCAGGCAGAUAUGUGAUGCAUGAGGUGUGUGACUUUUUGUUUCAAUGGUGCUAAAGCUUCAAACGUGUUUUAAACACAAAACAGUAGUAUUUCAUUCAAUAUCAACGUAUGCAUAAUGUAGUAUUUCAAUGGUUCAAAUUCAAACAAUUUCCCCAUGAAAUCUUGAUUUCAGUUCUUGAUACCACUCUUAUCAAAAUACGUUUCCGAAAGAAGAAAGUGUUUACAAAAUGUUGGCUCUUUAUAUUUGCUUUCACAAUACCAGAAUAGAAGAAGCUUUUUGUAAAACUGUGUAUAUAAGCAGUAGUAAAAUUCAAACUUACGAUUUUGAGUUUGAUUUCGAGACAUUUACAUUUUUAUUACUAUUUUGGCAAAAAUAUCAACGCUCGCAAACAUACCUGAUGUGCAGUAUUAAUAAGCAUUGAAUGUUUCAAACAUUCCAAUCCAUUUGGAUUACUUCUGUGAUAUUUUAUAUUCUGAACAUGCUUUAAUUUAUUCGCGAUGAAUCUCGCUGUAAGUUGGUACAAAUGUGUAUUGUGAAUGGUAAAUGUCUCAAAAUAGGUCAUGUAUAAUAGUGUCUUCCGUCGAAAAGCAGUGAAUGUUGUUGUGAACGAGAGUCAUAUGUGUGUUCAGUAUACUACCGUGCUCUACUUAUCGUGUCUGCUGAAUUCAGCACCGACUUAAUCUCAACGACGACCAUCAAAUACAUUAUUAUGCAAAUAAUACACACUUUAACAGGUGAUGAUUAAAUUAAUAUUUACAUUCAUAAUAGCCACGUGCUGCUUUUCGUACUUUCUCAUACACGAUCUGUAGAGCAUGAACGGGUCACUAGUGUUAAUUCGGAGAAAACGGGUUGCUUCUCGCUUAGUUAGUUCUUGCCUAUUAACAUAAUAAACAUUGUAUGCAGAUAUUCUGUAUCUAUAAACAUUAAUUUGUUUUUUCAAAUUGUUUUAUAUUUAAGUGUAUGUAAGUAAUGGUUGUGUUUAACAUAGGAACAUGCUUUUUAUAUUAUUGAAACUUUCAAUCUUUGAAAUCCGUUAUGAAGGGAUGGGUAUUUAUGAAAAGAAAUGAUUUUUUUGUGAUGUUGUGAAAUCCAGUUAUUUUAUACUUUUCUACAACACGUUUAAGUUUUUGAUUAAUUUGACGCAUGGCUGUAAUAGUAAUGCUGAUACAUGUGUGUACAACAGCUUUAGUUUUGUGUGAAGUAAAUAAAUAAAAUAUUCUGAAAGAA